GCGCUGGCGCUGGCCACAGCGCCCAGCCUAGCUCCCCGCCAGCUUUCCUAGCCCCCGCCUGCGGGAGCCGCCCUCCCGUGGGACCAGCACCCUCAUCUCCGCAAGGCAAGCCUGAAUCCUGCCCCUGCCAUCUCGCCACUGCAGUGUGGGUCCGGAAAGGCACCAUUUUGUCGCGGCUGCCCGCUCUCCCAAGGGGAGGAGGGCUCUCCUUUUUUGCAUUUUGGAGCCGCUGCCUACCAAAGGAACCUGUUGGGCAUCUCCCCAGCCCCGCUUGGGAGCGCCUCCUGGGCGGUUGGGCAGGACCAGACCCCUCGUGGGGAACACAGUGCUUCCUGGUACCCGGAGGCAGAGGAGGCAAGCACAGCAUCCUCGCUGGGAAUUGGAGCUGAAGUGAGCGCACCGUGCGGGAGGAGCCACCGCAGCCUCGGAGAACGGAGUGGAGGAGGUGACAGCUCCAUUGCCGGGUUUUUAUUUUCUUCUCUCUCCGCCUCCCCGUCUCCUCCUCAGGCUCGGACCAUGGUGCAGUCCCACUGGCUCCCCUGCCCCCCUCUCCUGUGAGACUGGCUGCGGGGUGGGAUCAUGGAUACUUGUCUGCCGGCUUCUGGUUCCCACGCAAGUAAGCCUGCUGUCAAUGGAGGAGGACAUUGAUACCCGCAAAAUCAACAACAGUUUCCUGCGCGAUCACAGCUAUGCGACCGAAGGAGCCAAGAGAAACCCCAAGAGAGAGAAUAGUGGCACAAUAAUGAAGCAUGAAUUACCCAGAUGAAAGCAUCUAUGGAAGCAAAGAAUUGUUUACUGAGAAAACCUUUGUACAUCAUUCUGUUGUGUAGAGGAAACUGGAAGUUUGAUGCAAUGGCGGCUGACAUUAUCUCUACGGUAGAAUUCAACCACACAGGAGAGUUACUAGCGACAGGGGACAAGGGGGGUCGGGUUGUAAUAUUUCAGCGAGAACAGGAGGUGCUUGUGGAGGAGCGAACUCCAGCUGUUGUCUUGGGAUCUCUCCUCCGGGUGUUGAAAUUCAAUCUCCCUUCAUUUCAGAGUAAAAACCAGGUUCAUCGUAGGGGUGAAUACAAUGUUUACAGCACAUUCCAGAGCCAUGAACCCGAGUUCGAUUACCUGAAGAGUUUAGAGAUAGAAGAAAAAAUCAAUAAGAUAAGAUGGCUCCCUCAGCAGAAUGCAGCUUACUUUCUUCUGUCUACCAACGAUAAAACUGUGAAGCUGUGGAAAGUCAGUGAGCGUGAUAAGAGGCCAGAAGGCUACAACCUGAAAGAUGAGGAGGGCCGGCUCCGGGAUCCUGCUACCAUUACAACCCUGCGGGUGCCCGUCCUGAGACCUAUGGACCUGAUGGUGGAGGCCACCCCACGAAGAGUGUUUGCCAAUGCGCACACGUACCACAUCAACUCCAUAUCUGUCAACAGCGACUACGAGACCUACAUGUCUGCUGAUGACCUGAGGAUUAAUCUGUGGAACUUUGAGAUAACCAAUCAGAGUUUUAAUAUCGUGGACAUCAAGCCAGCAAACAUGGAGGAGCUCACAGAGGUGAUCACCGCGGCCGAGUUCCACCCUCAUCACUGCAACACCUUUGUAUACAGCAGCAGCAAGGGGACGAUCCGGCUGUGCGACAUGCGGGCGUCCGCCCUGUGUGACAGGCACACCAAGUUUUUUGAAGAGCCGGAAGACCCAAGCAACAGAUCGUUUUUCUCUGAAAUUAUCUCUUCAAUUUCGGAUGUGAAGUUCAGCCACAGUGGGAGGUAUAUCAUGACCAGAGACUAUCUGACCGUGAAAGUCUGGGAUCUCAACAUGGAAAAUCGCCCCAUCGAGACUUACCAGGUUCAUGACUACCUCCGCAGCAAGUUGUGCUCCCUCUAUGAAAAUGACUGCAUUUUUGAUAAAUUUGAGUGUGUGUGGAACGGGUCGGACAGUGUCAUCAUGACGGGCUCCUACAACAACUUCUUCAGGAUGUUCGACCGGAACACCAAGCGUGAUGUGACCCUUGAGGCCUCGAGGGAAAACAGCAAACCCCGGGCUAUCCUCAAACCCCGAAAAGUAUGCGUCGGGGGCAAGCGAAGAAAAGACGAGAUCAGUGUCGACAGUCUGGACUUUAGCAAAAAGAUCUUGCAUACAGCUUGGCAUCCUUCAGAAAAUAUUAUAGCAGUGGCGGCUACAAAUAACUUAUAUAUAUUCCAGGACAAGGUUAACUAGGAGGACAAGCUAUCACUUAGUCUCACAUACUGAAUACUAGUCAAACAAGUUUUUAAAUGUUUCUUUGGGUCUUCAUUUGAUGCAUUGAGUUUCAUUUCCCUAUGCAUAAAACGAUUGGAAUAGAAUUAAAAAGGAGUUCAAUGUUCCCAGCUCCCCAAUUCUAAGGAACUUUUGUCAAACUCGGUAGGCUCGGGCCACUUCUGUUUAGAAUCGAGAGCUGCCAACUGGCACUAAUUCUUCCAUAGUUGACUUGAAUUUCUGAUGCGUUCAUUCAUUGCUCGGUUUCCUCUGGUGGGUUCCGUGUUUUGUUUCUAGGUGUCUGCUGCGAUAAAAUGAGAUUGUCUGUAGUAUUUAAGGAGAAAAGAGAUAAGGUUUUGUUGUUUUUUUUUUAAUUAAGCAAUUCCAUUUGUUUGAAAAAAAUCAACAAAAAAUAAACACUGUUUACUCUUA